GACUCCUCGGGGCCGCGCCCGGCUUGCUCGUUCCCAGGCGGGAUACUGCUGCCUGUGGGUGCCCCUGGCUCCAGCCUGGCGCCUGUCCCCGCACCGCGAGUUCGAAGCUGCGCUGGGGCAAGUCGCAGCCCCGCUCUGGGCUCCUGCUUUUCCUGUGGCCCCCGCCUCCCCGGCGGGCCGCCCUCCUUCCUCCCUCGGCGGCACGGUCGGCCGGCUCAGCGGGGGCGGGGGAGCCACCCCUGGCCAGUGCACUUGCUCGCCGCGUUGCAUCCUCGGUGGCUUCCCGCGAGUGAGCUCGGAGCGGGAUUUCUGAUGCCAUUGUCUCGUCCCGUCGACACCCCCCACCCCGCUACCGCCCUGUAGGGGGGCGGGGGCCAGGCGGUGCAGCAGGGCGCCCCCUGCAGCCGAGGGGCGCUUACCGCAGCCAUGAAAUAUACACGAGGCUCAGAGAGCUGAAGCCGCUUCCAUCACCUCCUACCUCAGCAGCAGCUCAGCCCCUGCCUCGCAGCCCGUCCGGCCUGCAGAGCAGGCGGGAGGCGAUCGCUCGGAGCAGACGCUUGCAAGGACAACCCACGUAAUGCCGUGUGGAACUUCCUGCUCCAGUCGUCUCCUCUCAGGCCCAUGUGACUGUGGCACCAUUUCAGCCAUUUUCAUUGUCCAGCGCACCCUUCAGUGAACAGUUUGAUGGAGAAUCGGUCGGAUGACAGCGGGAACUGUUGUUAUCACCGGUGGAAUACUAGCGACCGUGAUCCUACUGUGUAUUAUUGCGGUGCUCUGUUAUUGUAGGCUACAGUAUUAUUGCUGCAAGAAAGAUGAAUCUGCUGAGGAAGAAGAGGAGGAGGAGGAGGAGGAGGAGGAGGAGGAGCCUGACCUUCCCACUCGCUCAUACCUUACAACCUGCAAUGCCUGCAACUCUCGCAUCGUCGACGGGCAGGGCAGCCCAGCACCACCACCCCACGAAUUUAACCAGCAGGGUGCUCGGAACUACUGCCCUACCUGUUCCCCCUACAGCUCGCCCUUUUACAUACGGACCGGUGACAUGGUGCGGAAUGGUGGUGAGAGGAUCACCUACAUGCCUGCCUGCUACAAGGAAAUGGGGCCACCCAUCAGAAUGGCAACCCUCCAGAGUUACCCGAUGACCCGCCAUGGCAUCGUCCAUGAGACCUUUCCAAACCCGAGGGCUAUUAGUACAGAUGUGUAA